CUUUAUUCAUGUUCCAGGAUUGGUGAAUCGCGAGUGUUCUUUGUCUUUUGCUAUAUUCUUCUGGCCACUGUGUUUAUCUUCUCGCUGUGUCUGACCAAUUCAUUGUGUGGAAGCAUCAGUAUUCUACUCUGUUAUAUGAUCUACUUUUUUAAGGUAAUUUAUGUUGGUGAACAAGUGAAGAAAUCCAACCAUUCCAGUCGAAACCUUAACUAUGCCCUUCACCAGUUGAUCUGGGUCCUUUGGCAAUGGUUGAUGAUCUUCAAUAUAGCUCCUUUGAUAGCCUGGCAACGACAACUGCCGAAGAAAUUACAAUUGUCUCUUGACUCCAGUAAAAUUAUUGGAUCCGUCACACCUUUCUGUAUCUCUCUUCUCUGCAUCUGUAAUAACAUUGUUGACAGAAUGACAUUGUUUAAUAUGAAAUACAAGAAUGACCAAAGGGUGUAUGAACUCAAGAGAGUCAACAUCCAUCUAAUUAUGUGA